AUGUCGGACCCCAAAUCUUUCAAAUAUGUCAUCGAACACAUGGAGGAAGACGACUCCAAGACACAUGCCCUCCCGCCUUGGGUGACCCUUGAAUACGCCCACAUGCUGAGCUGUGUUGGGCCCCAGUCCACCGUUCACUUCACCUCCCUAUCUUCGACUUCCAUCCCUCCUCUCCAGCAAUCCCUCGCAUCCUCCUCCGUAUCCCAAAAAGCCAAACCAACCACCCAACCCAUUCUCGACCUCCUCCCGUCCCUUGCGCCGCCUAUCGACAAGAGCCGAGUAUGUCUGUUGGACCCGAGGGCGGAGAAGGUGAUCAGCCCGGAGGAUGGAGACUUGUUUGACGUGUUCCUGUAUGGUGGUAUCUUGGGCGAUGAUCCACCCAGGGACAGGACCGGGGAGUUGAGGAAACUCGGUUUCGAAGGCAGGCAUCUGGGAGAGAAGCAGAUGACUACCGACACCGCGGUGAAGGUGACCAAGAUUGUUGUGGAGGACAAGGUGCCAUUGGACGAGAUUCCAUUCACCGAUUUCCCUACUAUUCAAUUCACCAAAGUCGAAUCCAUCGAGAUGCCCUUCCGAUACGUCAAGGACGAGCAGGGGCAGCCUAUUUUGCCUCCCGGUAUGAAGGAACACCUCAAGGCGGACUUGGACCGUACCAUCGAUGACUUUUAG